AUCAACCUCUACGAUUGAGAUCAGCUGGUCAACUCGUUCCUUCUCUUGGGCUUUCUGUAUCGAUCGAAUGUUAUCGGAAUCACCUCGUGGAACGACUUCCUGGUGAUCCGAUGUUGUGACCUCUUGAUUUGACUGACCCAGAACUUAAGUGAGAGAUUUGAUUUACUCUUUUUGCCAAUUUCCUCAAUCUGUCGCUGUCGUACUCAUCUGACGAAUGUUUUGUCAUCCUCAAUCGAAACCGUUUGAUUGGUUUUCAGGCUCGUCGUACUUGUUCAAUCAUUCUUUUGGUUUCGUUCUUUGAUUAAGUGUACUUUUCUUCAAACCCUCAAACGUGAGUAUUGUAUUCUUCAGUUCGUUUUCACUAAUUCGAUUGCAACAGACUAUUAAGACGAUUCUUCAGACCCAUAAUCUUUCAUUAUAUGUGCCAGCUUUCGACCAAAUUGACCAUUCGAUGCAAAGUUCUCUUCGGCUUACGAUGUCAGCAACGGCCUCUGAAGUCAGUAGUUGCACAAGUCCAAGUUCAAGUCCAGAGACUUCAACUGGGACACCCAACUCCUCACAGUCUACCUCUUGCUCUAAUCAUUGGGAGCCAUCACCUACUCCGAUCUGUACCAUUUCAUUACACAAAGCGAAGUCGAGAGAUGAUGUUUCUUCAUCUAAAGUCAUUGCAAGCUCGACCGUACCGAAAUGUGCCGUUUGGGAGCCAUCUCCAGGACCGAUCUGUACUAUCUCAUCAAAGCAAAUAGCUUCGGAUACCGUGACUUCAUCAACUACUGCAACUCAGACUCCAAAAUCUAUAUCCUCUGCCUCUAAUAGUUGGAAACCAUCUCCUCCUCCAAUAUCAUCUGCCGCUAAUAGUUGGAACCCAUCUCCUCCUCCAAUCUUAUUUCAACCUGAUAAUGAUAUCCAAUCAUCUUCCUUUCUGGAACUUGAAACACCGAGUAUUCCAGCUGGUCAAAAUCGUUCAAUUUCUGAAUUGAUUAAACAAUCACCUUGGAGAAAUGAUAAGUUAGACUUCUUUAAUCCAGAUUAUAAACGUAUCCGUAUCCGUCCUAAACCAGUUAAAUUAUCAUCUAGUAGUAAAAGAUUAAAAGGUACACUUAAGAAACUUAAAGUUAAUCACAAGAUGGAUGAGUUGUGA